ACGCUAAAUUCGUCCAAAAAUCUUCGCAUUCUACAAAAUUCAAUUCUGUACCAAUUGCUUCACUAAAAAUGCCUAGACAAAAGAAAUCUACAAUUCAUGUACGCAAUAGACCAGAAGGAUUUACUAUUUCAAUUGUAGGAAAGAUAGAGAAUACUAUCAUAUUAAAAAAUAAUCUCAAACAAUCAAGUAAACAAACAAAAGCUGAUUAUGCUAAAAUUAUACUGCAAUAUUCAAAUAAACAAACCAACUACUCUACAACGUUUGAACUUAAUCAUGUAAUAUAUGACAAAGUAAAAAAGAUUUUAAAAGCUGAAAACGGAAGUGGAGAAACAACUAAAUCCUCAGCAAGCAAAAUAAAUGCAAAAACACUGGAGGAAGUUACAAAAUACGAAAUGGGAAAUUCUAUUUUUUUAUUUACAUAA